AUGGUCCUCUUAAUGGCGACGGAGCGCAUCCGUGCGGCCCUGGAGGCCGUUCCAAUUCCUCGUCGUGAGGAACUCGAUCUUCCUUCCCCGUUAGAUCUUCACGGACCGAUUGCACACAGCCAGCUCCUGCGCCUAUCUAAACACCUCCAGAAUGACGCCGAAUACAACACCGCAGAGCGCAGGAUAUCAAUGAGCCCUACGAUUCUCAGCGCCCUCCUGCGCGGUACAAAAGUAUACGUACCACCACCGCCGAAGAAACCGGAGCCUAGUCCCGAAUAUCUCGCUUCAAAAGCCCGCCUCCAGGCCCUAGCCGAAAGACAAGCCUAUGAACGCCUUUUAAACCCAACCUACACCCCAAAUGCAGACCACGCAGAUCCACACGCCACGAACCCCGAUGGAACCCCAUACAGCGAAGACACACUCACCCCGUCACUGGUCCUGAACAUCUUCCUCUCAACGCUUAUCACCGGGUUCGCUGUAUAUUGGGGUCUAACCAGCUUUGGCAUGCCACGUAUCCUGGCCUCGAUAUUCUCGGCGAUGAUAGGUCCAGCUCGAGAUGGGGAGGCUCGAGAUGCUGUUGGUGCAUCUGAGGCUGUACGGGUUCUUCUUUCGUUCUUUGCGGCGCUAUCUGUUGCCAUUGCAGAGUCGGUUCUGUAUGCCGUUUAUCUUGGGAAGGUUGUUGAGGCUAGGAAUAAGGAGAGGAAGUUGAAAGAGAAAAAGGUUGUGAUUGGGCCUGUUGAGGAGAGUAAUAAGGGAGUCCUUGUCGGUGAAGGGGAGAAGGAGGAAAUUUGGGGCAAGGGGGUUAAUGGGGGUGUCAGGAGGAGGAUGAGGGAGAAAUGGGAGAAAGAGCAAGAUCAUCAGGAAUGA